CCCCCCCCGUCCCCUUUCCGCCCCGGGGGUCGCGGCCAUGGCGGCGGCGGCGCGCGCGGUGACGCACCUCAUCCUGGACCUGGACGGGCUGCUGCUGGACACCGAGCGUCUCUACUCCCAGGUCUUCAGGGAGCUGUGUGGCCGCCACGGCCGGGACUACUCGUGGGAGCUGCAGGCCAGGGUCAUGGGUCACACGGCCCCCGAGGCCGCCCGGGUCAUCGUGGACACCCUGCGCCUGCCCCUGACCCCCCAGGAGCUGCUGGACCAGAGCCAAGCCCGACUGCAGGAGGUGUUCCCCACGGCCAGACUCCUGCCAGGCGCAGAGAAGCUGAUCCUCCACCUGCAGAAGCACAGCAUCCCCUUCGCCCUGGCCACCAGCUCGGGGACCGAGUCCUACCGGGCCAAGACCAGCGCCCACCGCGAGCUCUUUGGCGCCUUCCACCACGUGGUGCUGGGCGAUGACCCCGAGGUCAAGGCCGGGAAGCCCGCCCCGGACAUCUUCCUGGCCUGCGCCCGCCGCUUUUCUCCUCCUGCCCCCGCCGACCAGUGCCUGGUGCUGGAGGACUCGCCCCACGGCGUGGCGGCUGCCCGGGCAGCGGGGAUGCAGGUGGUCAUGGUGCCCAGCGUCCAGCUCGACCUCGAACUCACGGCCGGGGCCACCCUGCUGCUGCCCUCCCUGGACGACCUCCGACCCCAGCUCUUCGGCCUGCCCGCCUUCGACUGACCUGCGGACGGACGGACGGACGGACACCAGGCCAAGACCUGACGCCUGGAAAUAAAGGGAAUGAACACAG